AUGUCUACAAACAAGCUCACCUUGUCAUCUAUCACUCCGAGAAGGGUCCUCUUCUAUGUGAGCGCUGGAAUUGGAGCCUGCCUUUUGUGGAGAUAUCGAUUUUUGCUGGGAAGGCUAUGGAAAAGGCGACGCCUUGAGAAAAACAAAUCAUCGACAACGCAGACCAGUCUUCGUGAUAUGUCGAUGGAGGAUUUCCAAUCGUCACCGGAAACUGCCAUACUCACAAUCACACAACAACCGGAAAAAGCACGCAGUUUUCGUUCCCGUGCCACUCCGAGUAUUUCGUUUUCUCCAAUUGACACGAGUAUCAUCAACAGUCUCGAGAUUUGUCGUGAAAUGAUAGCUUUAUUGGCUAGAGCGUCAAAUGGAAUUGAACUUUUGAAGAACCGCUCAGAAAAGGACAAAACUCGGACCGAACUAUUAAAUAGUGUAGUUACACGGCUUCGAAUUCUAGAAACUGAUAUAUCACAAUUAGUCUCCGACCCUGGUAAUGAGAAAAAUGGAACUGGGCGAGAAGAUACUAUUGUAUUGAAUGGAUUUACACCCGCUGCUGGAAUCAGAUCGGGCACUCUUUCUGUACUUUCGGAUGACUCGUUCAUGUCUGCUCUAGAUGACUUUGGAUCGUUUGAGGAAGAGUAUGAGGAACGGUUUGACUUUGAUAAGACAGCAUUGGAAUUUCUGCAAGAGGGAGUACAAGCCGUUUUAAAUGGACAAGUUCGUAUCAGAAAAAAUCGCGCCGACGUGUGUCAGUGUGAAGACGAUACGGAUUUUGCUGCUAAAGUUCAUUGUUUGCGGAAAGCUUUGAAUAUAAUUUCGGCUGAUGAAAAGAAGCGUUUGUGGUUGGCGAAUUCGGGACGACAAUUACUUGGCGGGCUGUUGAUUCAAUGCAAACAAAAGCCAGACGAUUUUUACAGAGUGUUCGACGAAAUGCAGCAAUUUCUGGAAAGCGACGAGAAUCGCGAAAAAGCCGAAGCCGAGCUGAAGAGUCGAAAUGUUGGCGAGUUGACAGUGUGGGAUGUGCUUAUGGAUUUCAUUUUACUCGACGCAUUUGAUGAUCUAAAAAACCCACCAUCUGCUGUAUAUUCGGUCACAAAAAACAAUUGGCUCUCACAGAACAUGAAAUACUCAACAAUAUCGACAGUGAUUUGGAGUAUGUUGAAAGCAAAACGACAACGCCUUUUGCAGCCAAAUGGAUUUAUUGCUCACUUUUACAAUAUUUCUGAGAUUGUUUCUCCGGCAAUUACAUUGGGUUUCCUUGGAACCGAUGAAGGACAACGAGAGUUGUGCCAUUUCUUCAAGGAUCAGGUCACUCAAUUGACUGUGGAGAUUUUCGACGAAAAGCGAGUCCGCUACACAACGGUUGAAGAUCUCAGCAAUGAUAUUUGGGCGGCAAUUCAAAAUCGCACGGAGGCCCUCUUGUCAAGGAUAUCCAGCGAACUUUUG